CGAUAGCAUGGACUGGCCUUUGUAUCACUAGCAUUACUGUUGGAGGUACUGCCAGCUGUGCUUUGUGUUCCUGGGCAUUUGGAGCAGAAUUAUCUCUUCCUCGCAGACUGCUGGACUGGGUCGUAAAGGUGAAAGAUCUUCGAUUUUUCUUUUGAGGGUGCAUUCAUUGGAUAGUAUAUUACUUGGAGUCGAUCAGGUACUUUAAAUUAAUUAAUGUGUCAGAGCUCAAUAAAAGUUGCUUUAGAUUCCAGAAAUACCUGCAUUUAGUGUAAGCAAUAAAUGGUAUCUGAAGGUUGGUUUUGACACUCCUAAUGUCCAUUAGUUUGGUAUUAAAUUAAAAUAUUUAUACCGGGUGCAAAUGACUUGAUGCGAUCGCUUUUGCAUGGAGUUGCUGAAUCUGGACUCAUUCCUCCAAUACAAGUGCCUGAUUGUCUGGUUCUGCACAUGUAGGUGGCUCUUAGUUUGGUAAAAGUGCACUUUAAGCAAUCGUUUUAGACUUUGGAACUAAAGUUGCUGCUUGUUUCAAUGCCAUAGAAUUGUGUGAACAUAAUUCUCCAUCUUCUCACUCAAUUAGCCCGUUGACUUGAAUCAAUCUGGUAUCAAGUUUUACAAGUCCAAAGGCUCUUUCAUCUGUAGAUAGAGAUUGCCUCUCUCUUUCUCUCUCUCUCUCUCUCUCCAAUCACCGAGAAAUGUGAUGUUUUUGCAUCAGGGGAGCGAAGAUUAACAUUGUUUUGUGUUGUGCUGUUAAAAUGCAACCUCUGCAGUCUCCUACCAAAACCCACUCUUCCUCUCGGUUAAUUAACCUUUUAAAAGUUUUAUCUUCGAUAUUGAUUAUCUACUUGUUGGUCUUGCUAUUCAUACUAUCUACUUCCAAGUAUUCAUCUCUAUACUCGCCCUUGCAAGAGUUAUCUACUCCGACGAACCUCAAUCAUAUUGUGUUCGGCAUCUUCACGAGUCAAGAUUCGUGGCCUAAGAGCAAGGAGUAUGUCAAGCUCUGGUGGAAUUCGCACACCAUGCGAGGCUGCGCCUUUCUUGACAGACUGCCUCCAGAUGCAGAUUCCUACAACGACACUUCUUCUCUUCCUCCUUUGUGUGUAUCUGAAGAUACAUCGGGAUUCCGAUACACUCACGGAGCUCAGCACAGGUUUCAGAUCCGUAUAGCCCGCAUGGUCCUUGAAGCUGUAGCCCGUAACCAUUCUAACGUUCGAUGGUACGUCUUCGCGGAUGAAAGCAGUGUUUUUAUUACAGAGAAUUUAGUGAAGACUCUUUCGAAGUACGACCACAGGCUAUGGCACUAUAUCGGGGCUAACUCAGAAAAUCUUGAGCAGAACAGAGAAUUCGGAUUCAAGAUGGCAUUUUUAGGAGCGGGUAUUGCCAUAAGUUCACCGUUGGCCAAGGUCUUGGCAAGAGUGAUCGACUCAUGUAUGGAUCGUUAUGCUCAUCUCUAUGGGGGCGAUGGUCGGGUCUUUGCUUGCUUGGCAGAGCUUGGAAUUGGGAUGAUUCAUGAGCCUGGUUUCCAUCAGUUCGACAUCCGUGGCAAUGCGCUUGGUCUACUGACGGCGCAUCCAGUGACACCUUUGGUCUCCAUCCACAGUCUAGACCAAAUAGACCCACUUUUCCCCGGAAUGAACACUCUCCAUGCCCUGCAACAUUUCUUCAAAGCAGCGAACGCUGACCCACAGAGAAUUCUGCAACAAACGGUUUGCUACGACAGGUGGUUCUCGUGGACCAUCUCUGUAUCCUGGGGAUAUGCCAUCCAAGUGUUCCCAAACCACGUGUACUUGCCCGAUGCGAUCAAAGUGGGACAGACGUUCCGGCAUUGGAGAAGUGGAAAUCCAUUGACGGAAGCGUACGUUUUCAACACCAGGGAACUGCAUCCGGUUGAGUGUGCCAGGCCCACGAUCUUCUUUUUCGAGAAGAUAUCCAAGAGCAAGGGCAGGACUAAGACCACUUACAAGAGAGCGGAUCUGAAUUGUGAGUACGACGGCGGUUCCCCGAGGAAAAUCAAGGAGAUCAGAGUGUAUGCACACAAAAUGGACCUCACUAAGAAGCAGUUGCAGGCGCCGAGACGGCAAUGCUGCAAUGUGUUGCCUUCCUCCAAUAAUGAAGUGCUGGACAUUGCCAUCAAAGAAUGCAAAGAAGAAGAGCUGAUCUAUAUGCACCUUUAGCUGUCUCAGAAAUGACCAAUUUCCUUUCCGUCUCUGCUUCCAGAGUUUGAGUAUAUGUUUUAUGUUUCGGAUUUUUAUUCAAUUAAAGGUUUGAAUCAUAAACUCAUACAUACGAUAUCAACAGGACUGAGUAUGAAAUUUAACAAAAGGAGGGAUACACACAGUGGAAUGGGAUAAUACCGAGAUUUUCGGGAAAAUCACACAUUUCAUUACC